AGGUCCAAAACCAUUAUUGUUCGUGUAUCGUGCCGGUAAAGAUCUCUGCGCACUCUCCCUCUUGACCGGCAGAUUGCAACUCCGAAACCCUCCUGAGCUUGUCAGUAUAAUUGCACAAGUCAAUCCACAAUCUCCAUGAACGACUGGUAACUUGCUCAAUCACAGCAGAACUCUAAUGGAUUUCGCUUUCGGAUUUCUGAACUCUGUAACCUUAAGCCUCAGCCAGGCGAUAAGCCUGGCGCUUCCAUUACUGGUCGCUUUAGCUUAUCUCAUUAGCAAGAGUCGAAGGAACCGGCUUCCGCCUGGGCCACAGGGAUGGCCUGUAGUCGGCAGCCUUGCUCUGCUAGGCACCAUGCCCCAUAGCUCCCUUUAUCACCUGUCGAAGAAGUAUGGACCUAUCAUGUACCUCAAGCUCGGCACUACAGAUACAGUUGUGGCGUCUUCCCCUAAAAUAGUGGAGGCUUUUCUCAAGGCAAAUGAUUUGAAUUUCUCCAACAGACCUGGAAAUGCCGGCGCCAAAUACAUGGCUUACGACUCAAACGACCUGGUUUGGGCUCCCUAUGGCAACCGCUGGCGUAUGCUGCGAAAGGUUUGUAAUAUUCAUUUGUUUGCCGGUAAGGCGCUCGAAGAUAUGCAGCCGAUUCGCCAGGUUGAGGUUAACCUGCUCGUUAUGUCGAUUCUCACUCACGGGAAGCGUGGAGAGUCUGUUAAUUUAGGGGAGCUGUUGAAUGUCUGUACUGCUAAUGUUCUUGGACAGGUGAUGUUGAGCAGGCGCGUGUUCGAAUCGCGAGGGGCUAAGGCAAGCGAGUUUCGAGAGAUGGUGCUAGAGAUGAUGGUUUUGGCUGGAGUGUUCAAUAUUGGCGACUUUGUGCCCUCCUUAGCCUGGCUGGACUUGCAGGGCGUGCAGGCCAAGAUGAGGAAAUUACAUGCUAGGUUUGAUGAUUUCUUCGCAAAAAUUAUAGCGGAGCACCAGGCAGAAUCUGCAAAGGGGAAUAUACCUAAGAAGGAUUUUCUUAGCGCUCUCCUCGCACUCAGAAAUAAUGCCGAUGGCGAAGGCGGCCAGCUCACUGACACCGACAUGAAAGCGUUAUUGCUGGACCUUUUCACCGCAGGAACUGACACGUCCUCCUCGACCGUAGAAUGGGCCAUAACAGAACUGAUCAGACACCCUCACAUAAUGGAGAAAUGCCAGCGGGAACUGGACUCCGUGGUGGGGCGGGAGCGCAAACUGAACGAAGGGGACCUUCAGAACCUGAGCUACCUGCAAGCGGUGGUUAAGGAGACAUUCCGCCUGCAUCCAUCGACGCCACUUCUGUUGCCACGCAUGGCGGCGGAGGAAUGCAUGAUUGAGGGCUACAAUAUUCCCAAGAAUGCGCGAUUGAUGGUGAACGCGUGGGGUAUCCAACGCGACCCGGCUGUGUGGGACAGGCCUCUGGAGUUCGACCCGGAGCGGUUUGUGGGCAGUGACUUGGACGUUAGGGGCACGAACUUUGAGGUGAUACCGUUCGGCGCGGGCAGGCGCGUCUGUGCGGGCAUGAACAUGGGCAUCCGCAUGGUGCAGCUCAUGCUCGCCACGCUCAUCCACUCCUUCCACUGGUCGCUGCCCGCGGGCCAGACGCCAGAGAAGUUGGACAUGGCGGAGUCGUUUGGCCUCACGCUACAGAAGGCCCACCCACUUCUCGCCAUACCGGCCCCUCGCUUGCACCUUGCUCUCUACAAUUGAUGCAAUUUUGGGGUUGGUCUUUUUAUGAAGUUUGGAUAUCCAUAGGUAUGUAUAUUUAAUAUAUUUCAAAUUACACAAUAUUUAUGUUUGCA